AACUUCCACCUCAUCAACCAAGCGGUCGACUCCUUCGACUCCCGCUUCACCCUCCGAGCACUGCGGAGCAUCGCCACCCUCCGCAAGCGCGACAACUUCACGGCGGCGCUGGCGCUGGGCAUCCGCACCGCCUUCCCCAAGCCGCAGAACAACGCGCGGAGAGUGCUGGAAGAGAUGCUGCCUGAGGCGUUGAGGCAUGCGCAUGGCAAAGAUGCACACAUGCAGAACGGUGACGGCGCGAAAGAUGUCAAGGAGCCGGAUGUGGUGGAGAUUGCGGAAGUGUGGGCUUACCUUGGCCUGCUGUUGCAAGUCCACCUCUACGACACCCACCAACAUCAAAAGGGCGCCGACUUCAGCACGAACUUCGUGGAGAAGAUCCGCUCCUUCAACCGCCGCACCAUGGACCCCAUCGGCGCCAAGGCCUACUUCUACUACAGCCUCUUCCACGAGAACCUCCACCCCCUCCCACCCAGCAAGCAAAGUCCCGUCAUCGACAUCCGCCCUAAACUCCUCGCCGCACUCCGCUCCGCCGUCAUCCGCAAGGACUCCGAAACGCAAGCCUCCUGCCUGGUCUUGCUUCUCCGCAACUACAUCUCCACCGCCGACAUCACCCAGGCAGAUUUACUCGUCGCCCAAACCCAGCUCCCUCCAACAUCACCCAACAACCAAGUCUGUCGAUACUUGUACUACAUCGGUCGCAUCCGCGCCAUCCAGCUCGCCUACACCGAAGCACACAAGCAUCUCGAAUCCGCUACCCGUAAAUCGCCAACCACCGGCCCAGCCACCGGCUUCUACCAACAAGCCUCCAAACUCCUCAUCGUGGUUGAGUUAUUGAUGGGCGACAUACCUGACCGCUCCCUCUUCCGCCAAGCCAGCCUUGAGCUCGCCCUCCAUCCGUACUUCCGCCUUGUGCAAGCGGUGCGUGUGGGCGACCUACAAGCCUUCCUCAAGUGUGUGACGACCAACGAAGAGCAGUUCAGGAAGGAUGGGACGUACACAUUGAUCCUCCGCCUGCGCCAGAAUGUCAUCAAAACCGGCAUCCGCAUGCUCUCGCUCUCCUACUCCCGCAUCUCCCUUCGUGACAUCUGUACGCGGCUGCACAUCUCGUCGGAAGAGAGCGCCGAAUAUAUCACCGCGAAGGCGAUUCGGGAUGGUGUAAUAGAGGAUGCAAGGUUGGACCACGCGAACGGCGUUCUUGUCACCGAGCAAGGGAGGGAUGUGUACGGGACGACUGAGCCGAGCGAGGCGUUUGAUGCGCGGAUAAGGGCCCUGUUGGGAAUGAGGGAUGAGUGCGUGAUGGCCAUGCGCUAUCCCAUGCACAAGCAUCGGCAGGAAGUCGAGGAGGCGGCCAAGGCGCGGGAAAGGGAGAGGGAGUUGGCAAAGGAGAUUGUUGAAGGGGAGGGUGAUGAGGCGGAUGGGGAUGAGGGCGGGUUCGAGGGAAUGUAA